UCAAGUGGUUCACUUGUAAAGCUACACUCGUCUUAACAUACAAUGAAGGUAGUCUUUGUUCUAGUGGCUUGCAUUGUCGGGCUAAUUGAGGCUCAGAAUGGUUUGAAAGUGGACGUUGUUUCUCUGCCAAGCAACUGCCAGCAAAAAUCGCAAAAUGGCGACUUUCUCUCGAUGCACUACACCGGAACUCUUACUGAUGGCAAAAAAUUCGACUCAAGCUUCGACAGGAACCAACCAUUCCGCUUCCGCCUUGGUGCAGGUCAGGUGAUUAAAGGCUGGGAUCUGGGUCUAACUGAUAUGUGUCCAGGUGAAAAACGCAAGUUAACGAUCCCGAGUUCGUUAGGUUAUGGCCAGAGAGGAGCUGGUAACGUCAUCCCUGGAGGCGCCACUUUAUUGUUUGAUGUCGAACUUGUCAGCAUCAGCAAUUCAUAAAAUAACUUGGCUACGUGUUCCAGCCGAUAUGAGAGGCGAUAAAUUGGGGCAGUUUUGACGAUUCUCGCAUCUUGCUGUGAUCAUAAACCUAAAAUGAAAUAAACACACUUUAUCGUGUCAA